UCUGGUUUCAGAUAGAAAGACGCAGGCUGUGGGCAUAAUAGUCAGCCCAUCCGGAUCCAUGGUUCAUUGUUCAUUUACAUAAAUAAAAUCCCUGCUGGAAUUUUGACCAUUAUUAUAAAUUCUUAUUUGGUGGAGUCAUUUUACAUCUGUAACUUACAAUUAGUCAGCAUUCAUUAAUUUUCUUAUUUUCUGCGACUUCGCAGUUCUUGCAAAUUUAAUCAGUUGAAUUGUGUGCAUUCACUAUACACGGUCUGAAAUGAAGUUAAGAAACCUACUACUCGUCGUUCUAAAUGUGGGCGUAUUUGCGCAAUUUUCACAAUGCGAAGAAAUUAUCUCAGAGAGAUUUAUGAACGGGAAAGUGUUUUAUCAUGUUAAAAAUAAUUCAAAAGACUUUAUAACCGAUAGUUUUGGGGACGAUGUCACGAUCAAAUGGUUUAAUCAAACUUUGGACCAUUUUUCCCCCUCGGAUACGAGAACUUGGUUGCAGAGAUAUUAUGUCAACGAUGCAUUUUACAAGCCUGGAGGGCCAAUUUUCUUAAUGAUUGGAGGAGAAGGGGAAGCCACUCAGAAAUGGAUGACCGCGGGGGCCUGGAUUAAUUAUGCGAAACAUUUGAAUGCACUAUGUUUUCAAGUUGAGCAUCGUUUUUAUGGAAAGUCUAAACCAACAGACGACCUUUCAGUAAAAAAUCUCAGGUUCUUAAGCAGCGAACAAGCCUUGGCAGAUUUGGCCACGUUCACAGUUGCAAUGAAGGAACAAUAUAAUUUUACUACGAAUAAAUGGGUUGCCUUUGGUGGCAGUUAUCCUGGUAGUUUGGCAGCCUGGUAUAGAAUGAAGUAUCCUCAUUUGGUUGAUGUGGCUGUAUCGACAUCAGCUCCAUUAAUUGCACAAUUGGAUUUCAAAGAAUAUCUUGGAGUUGUGGUCGACUCUUUAAAUCAGAAAAGUCCGAAAUGUGUUGGCGAAAUCUCGAAAGCUGUGAAAAGCAUGGAAGGUUUAUUGAAGCGACGAACUGGGUGGUGGAUGAUCAAGAAAAGUUUCAAAUUAUGUGACGACUUUGAUGGAACAAAUGCUAAGGAUAUUGCUUCAUUUUUCGAGACAGUUGCAGGAAAUUUUAUGGACAUUGUGCAAUACAAUGAAGACAAUCGUGGGUUUGAAGGCUCAAAAACGGCCAACAUCACAAUCGACACUUUAUGCAAUAUCAUGACUACAAAUCUCGAGGAAAAGACGGCUUUCGAGCGUUACGCGGAUGUCAAUGAUUUAAUGUUGUCCGUGUUUGAUAAGAAUUGUACUGACUUUAAGUACAGCAAAACUGUGGAUGAUAUGCAGAAAGAAAAAUGGGACUCGCCAUCCGCUUCAGGGGAAAGACAGUGGACUUAUCAAACAUGCACAGAAUUCGGAUUUUAUCAAAGUUCCGAUCUAGAUGGACAACCUUUCGGGACUGAAUUUCCCGUCAAAUUUUCCACUAGACAAUGUCAAGACGUUUACGGAAUUCAAUUUGACGAAAAUUUCAUCUCAUCCGCAAUUAGGUGGACCAAUGCGAAUUAUGGAGGAAAAAAGUUGAAAGUGUCGAAAGUGAUUUUUGUGAAUGGUUCAAUUGACCCAUGGCACAAACUUGGCAUCACAUCGCAAAAUGAGACAUCUUCAGAUAACGUGGUGAUUUUCAUAGAAGGAACUGCGCACUGUGCUAACAUGUAUCCUGAUUCUUCAAACGACUUGCCCCAAUUACGUGCUGCCCGUAGUGAAAUUUUGAAACUUCUCACGGGAUGGCUUCAGGAAUGAUAGAAGAUUUAGUAGAAUAAUUUCGCAUAUAUCUUAUAUUUUAACUUACAUGAAAUAUAAAUUCAUAUUACAAUAAAAUAAAAUAAUAGCCUCGCCUGAAAAAUAAAUUUUCACAAACAUUUUCAUAUUUA